AUGUAAGAUUCUGAAGUCUACUGUCAAAGAAGAUAUUUUAAAUUAUUUGUAGUUUGUUUUAUAGUUGGGUGCCUUCUGUAAAGUUUAAUUUAUGAAUAAAUAUUAAAUAUUAUUGCUUCUACAAAUAAAAUUUUGUAGACAAAUCAUUGCUCCGUAUUAUUUGAUACAGAUAUGAAAACUAUAUAAUUUAUGAGUUAAUAUUUAACAAAUAAAAUGGAUAUCAUAUUUAAUAUUUGCAGUAUAGAGGACAUUGAAACGGUUACUGGAGAAAUUUACAGUUGCUUAUUGGAUGAGAAUCACCCUAGAACAACAAAAAUAACCACAUCAAUUGGUGAAAAUGAUUUUAAUAGAGCUAAGGACGCUGUAAAAAAUAUUUUGAAAGAAACUAAUUGCGACACUGAAAGAAUGAACAAGAUAUUAAAAGAAAAAGGUUACAAUGAAGAACUGAUUAAUGCCUUUUGUUCAUAUGUGGAACAAAGGAAGAACUCUUUUCUUGCGUUGUUAUUAUUACAACACAACAGUUUAUUUGGAGAAACUGUAGUCACAUUUGAUUGGCUUGUUAAAUUAGUGUUUGGGGUCAGUGAACUUAAAAAGAUCAAAUAUCCAUUGCUACAAUUAGCAAUGACUACUACCAAUGAUAAACAAGUGCAUACACAUCGGUCAUAUGAUAUAAGCAAAGAAAUGUUGAUAAAAUUAAUUGAUGUGUUGGAAAACAUUGAGUAAUACAUAAGACAUAAUUGAAUUUUGUAUGGACAUAAGUGUCAAAUCAAGAGCAAGGAUAAAAAUUAUUAUUUUGUUCGGUACCAGCCAUAUAUUUUUAGACAUCACAAAGGAAUCUUUUGUUUGUGACCAAGUUUGCACUACCAAAAUAAUUGUAUUCAAGUUGUGUUGGAUGUCAUGUAUUCUAAAAUAAAAAAUUUAUAAACAAAUUGAACACAA